AUGACCAUGUUAAUGAGUCAGGUAUCUAGUCGUGCAUCAACACCUGGGGGCUAUCCCAAAAUUCCUCCAAUCAUUACCAAUGAAUGUGAUCGUGUUUUCCUUUCUGACUUAAAUGAAUAUAUUGAAGAUGAAAUAAAGAAAGUGAGCAGUGAGGAGGCAGAGCAGAGAUACAUCAUAUACAGGAAUGCAUUUAACAAGAUAAUUGAGUAUGUGACAGCAUAUAAGCCCUUACUAACAUCCAUCAAGAAGGAAUAUGAAUACACUAUUGAUUCAAUCAGAAAGGGACAACGAGAGACUGAAUAUUUAAAUGGCAAACUGAAAGCCAUGGCCUCUGAACCAUCUACCAUUAGAAAUUACAAAAAGAGAGCCGAUGAACUUGAAGAGAGGAUUACUAUAAUUGAAAAGGACAAUGAAAAACUGGAACAACAAUUACAGGAACUGAGAUCUAAGAGACAAAAGAGAGAAGAGUUAGAAAGGGAAGUGGCAGAACCUCCUAAGAGAGAACUGAAAAAAGACAGAAGACUUAUACCAGGAUUAUCAUUGGAGGAAGCUACUGAUUUAAAUCUGCUCUAUAAGAAUUUGGAUAUAUUAGAUCGACAGCUAAAAGAUUUAAACAUAAGUUUUAGGACUAGAUAUGUGCCUAAAUCUCAGAAAGUAGACUUUAAAAACAAGCUAGAUACCAAAGUGAAUACCAGAGAUCAAUUGUUACGUCAAGGUCUGAUCUACAGAGCCAAGAGAUAUAGACUUAAAAUAGCAGUGGAGGCUGCUCAGGCCUACAACCGCUUCAAACCACCUCAUCAAACUGUUGGGGAUGCUGUUACAUUUGCUAUUGCACAGGCUACUGGACUCCAGGUCCAAGAGAAAGAAGCAGGACAAGAACAGAAUCAGGGGGAGGGAGAGAAGAGAGAUGGUUCUCCAAGUGCCACCACUACCACCACAUUUGAAGAUGAUGACCCCAACAAGGAGAAAGAGGCAGAAAUGAUGCUUGAAUAUAUUGAGAAAUUCAAUGAACUGUUUGAAGAUGGGAAAUAUGAGGAGGCGGCUAUUCAUGCUGCCAACAGUCCUAAAGGAAUCCUCAGGACUUCUGCCACUCUAGCCAAGUUCAGAGAUGUGAAGGUUAGACUGACCCACCGAUCUCCCCUCCUGGCCUUCUGUGAUGCCAUCAUGGCCUCUGUAGCAGCUGUUGGGACCAAGCUAGCAAGUGGACUCUCUACAGAAUGUGUAGAGUGUGCCUUAAAUGAAAACCGACUAGAUCUUUUGUCUCAUUGGAUAUCACAGGAUAGACUGAUGUUGAGUCAUCAGAUCGGAGACUUGAUAAGUGAACACUGUAGCUGUAAGGUACCCUGUAAGUGUGGCUGCCAGGCCCUAGCUCAGAAUGUCUACACUAAACUCCACCUCCAUCACCAGGCCAUCAUCUGUCUCCUGAAGCAGGGCAGGGUCCAUGCAGGAAUUGAGUAUGCCAAACACAAGUCUCCUUUUACAAAGGAGAUGUAUGUUGAGGUGUUAAGGAUGUGUCCAUCUUUACAACUUAUGCAAGCCCUUGUGGCAGAAGAUGACCAGGGAUCAAGACCUUUACCUAUUGGAGUGGUCAUUUUGACCGUGCUAGAAAAUAAUAGCUUUGAUUUGGUUUUACCAUUUAUUCAAGAAUUACAGAACACAAAUACAGUCGAUGAUCCAAACACUAGUCUGUUUCAUGCAGCAGUACUAGAUGACCUUGAAACCAGUACAGAUGAGUGGGACAGUUUGGUGAAGAUUUUACAGGACCAGGGUUAUGAAGAAACCGCCACCAAUGUCUUGUCCACUGUCACUGUAAUGACUGCCAUGAAAACUGUUCUGUACAAGAGCCUAGCAGAUGACAGACCUGAUAGUGCUGCCACCCAGGGGUGAAUGCAAGGUGCCUCCAUCUGGUGGUACAUAAUCCCUACUUUCUAGCUUCCAGAAAUGGACGUUUCUGUGAUACUAGAAACAGUGAAAAAGUGAACUUAUAUGACUGGACAGUGAAAUAAUGAGUGCCAGGCAUUCAAAUUUGAUUAAAGACACUGUUAAACUUUCCAACUUUGUUUAUUUUAACAGAUUAAUUAAUUUAUUAAUCAUUACUUUGCAGUACUACCUUCAUGAUCUUGGUCAACCUUUAUUUUGUUCCUUCUCUACAUUAAAUUAAGCUGGAUACACUAAAAAGUUUUAAUCUGUAUCUUGAAACCAGUGUCAUUUAAUUCUAAAGUACUUAAUAUUUACCACUUAACUACUUACAUUUGAGUUCAUCAUUAUGCAGUCAUGUCAAUUACAUUUCCUUAAUAAUGUUGUUAUUUCCGUUCACUUUUUAUGAAAUAUCAAAUUGAGUAAGUAUUAGUAUAUGAUUACAAUAUCAUGUUAUAGAAUGUGCUCUACAGAAAAUUGAGAACAUUCGGUUUAAUUUACAAUACAAAACUGUGCAUUUAUUUAUUUUUUCUCUUAACGUUAUGUUGCAACCAUUGAGAAGCAUACAGCCAUUAUACACGGCUGAUCAGUUAUCGAUAUUGACAUGUAGGUGUGUUAUUCAAAAUGUGUAUUCUGUCAAUAAAACAACGAACUUAAACAUAGAA